GUAGAUAUCAUGUACAACUAUAUUUAAGGAUGGAAUCUGAAGAAGCCUCUAACGAUAGAGGUGAUUAUAUGAGCUCUGAGGGUACAGUUGAAGAUACUCAUGCAGAGAAUUCGGAGACUGAAGUUGAUAAACAAUCUCGUAGUCAAGCUGAUGAAAACAGUGACCUCUUACCAGAUGAGAAGUUACCCCAGGAACCGCUUAAUGACCAGGAACGGCAUUUACUUUACGAAAAAGGAAUCAAAUUCAAGAAGAAGGGUAAUUUGAGACAUGCUCUGUACUGUCUGUUGGCCUGUGUGCGAGGGUUGAAAGAUGGAUCUCACUUUCAACAACUUCCUGAAUGCCUUCACAAUAUAGCAGAUAUCUACAGCCAGCUUGGAGACUAUGAAAAUGCUGUUUCAUUUGCCCAGGCAGAAAAACUUUAUUAUGAAACAUCUCUGAUAAGUGCUGGUAGCAUGGUACAGCAAGAACAGGAUGGAUCAGAUAGUGUUAGCAGUACAUCACCAUCUGACCAGACCACAGGAAACACAACAAGGACCACAGAAGCUCAGCAUGCUGUUAAAGAUGAUCCAAAGGAACAAACAGCUGAAGCUCGAUCAGCUAAUGAAUAUGAGAAGCUUGCACACAUGUGCCUCAAGCAAAAAGAUGCUCAGCUGGCACUAGAAUAUUGUGGCAAGGCCGUGAAAUUACGUCAGUCUAUUUACGGAGAGGAACAUCCCGUAACAAAAAAGACACUUGAUCUUUUUACCGUCAUAUAUGCUGAGAUGGGAAAGGAACAAUACACAGCUGCCAUGCAGAAAUUCAACGAAGCUAAACAGGCCACUGAUGCAACUGCUGAGGAAGAAGAAAAGACUGCAGAAACUGCUGAGGCUAAAAAAGAUGACCUCGCUGAGAACAAUGAAACAUCGGUAGAUGAAACGUCAACCUCUGCUGAAGAGUUACAUGAUAGAGGACAAGGCACAGUCACGCCUGCAGCUAAAGGUGGCGACGAAAAAGUCAGUCUCUCUCCCGGUCAGGCAAUGUUCUUUUUCUUUCUGAUCACGGCUGCUGUAGCUGUUUGUGUGACACUGUUUGUCUGUCACAUAAGUGGUACGGAUCCAGGUACAACGUUCAAGUACAUAAUGACAAGGCUGAGGUUUUACUAUUACUAUUACGUCAGACGAGCUCCUGCGGGAAACAGUUACUUCUGAUAUGCGAGAGACGCGAUAUAUCGUGACACUUUGGUCAUGUUUGACGACUAAAUGGAGACGACGAGGGCGCUAGAUGGUCAGAAUAUCGCCCAAUCAGCAAUUUACCAUUGCUAGUAGUUUGACUACCCUACUCUCUCUCUCUCUGUCUCUCUCUCUCUUCUUACACCUGCUUCUUACUUACGCAUUCCGUUUGCCCUCUUGUAUAAAUUCCCUAGGAUACUUUUUCCCACAUGUUGCUUAAAUUAACUGUUGAGAGGAAUAAAUAGAGCAGAUGGAUGUCAUGGACAUUUUUAAACCAGA